CGACCGGGACGGUGGGAUCCCGGUGGGGCCGCGGGCCGCAUCCUUCCCGCCGUAGGGGCCAUUCCUACACUUCCGGGGCACCCACGAACGGGGUUGGCUGCACUCCCGCCCAGGGCCCCGCCUCCUACGUGCCCCGCCCCCCAGGGCCUAUUCGCUUCAGAACGCCGCCUCCGUGAAGCCCGCCGCCUCAGGAUUCGGGCCCUGGGCGCUGUUGCCAGAGCCCUUAUGUUUCAGGCCCCUGGCUCCCACUUUCCUCCUCUCUGGCCAUCUGGCUCGGUUGCUGGCCUCAUGCAUGCAUUCCUCGCCCAGACCCUCCCUCUGUUCGCCUUGCCCUCCUGCCUUGCCUCGCCCCACGCUUCCGCGGCUCUUGUCUAGCUGCUCUGCCACCCCCUGACCCUCCGACUGGUCUGCUCUUUGGCCAGGGUCUUUCUGGAGCUCAAAUCGGACCCCGCCACCCCCUUCUUACACCUCGGGGGAAGCGCUGCGCGUCGACGUCGCUCAGGCCCGGGCUCCCCUAGCCCAAGCGGCCCUCGGAUGCGUCCCAGGGCAGCGCCAGACGUGAUGGGCUGAGGACGCGUCUGACGCCUUGGCCUGCGCGGUCAGGCUGGGUCGGGGGAGAUUUGGGGCGGCCCGCGGGGUCCUGGGCACACUGGACCUCACCCGCCCCUCCACCUCUAGAGGGAGAGGGAGGCCCGCGACACGCCUCAGGCUCCGGGCUGGGGUGGGGGAAGGUAGGUCUUGGAGCCGCAGCCGGAGCGCGGAGUAGGAGAGAUGGGGCAGCACAGCCCCGGCCCGGGCCCCAGGCGUCUCGCCAGCCCAGCUCCCGUCAGGCCGCGCUUCGGGGCGGGGUUUUGGGCGCUGGGUCAGAGUCUGAGGAAGUGGGGAAAUCUGGCCCUGGGAGCGCCCCUGUCGGCCUACUUCCCUGCCUGGAUUCUGCGUGUUCCUGCCCAGGCUCCCUGCCGGUCGUCCCAGCUCCCGGGGGCUGCAAGGAGGGGACAGGCAGUGCAUUCACCUGCCCAGCCAGGGUGGUCCAAAGUGACCACGGCUGUGCCAUGAGGACUGCGCUGGUGUACCACGAGGACAUGACAGCGGCCCAGCUGCUCUGGGAAGACCCUGAGUGUGAGAUCGAGCGUCCGGAGCGCCUGACUGCAGCCCUGGAGCGCCUGCGGCAGUGGGGCCUGGAGCAGAGGUGUCUACAGUUGGCAGCCCGAGAGGCCUCCGAGGCAGAGCUGGGCCUGGUACACAGCCCAGAGUAUGUGUCCUUGUUGCGAGGAACCCAGACCUUGAGCACCAGGGAACUACAGGCGCUGUCUGGACAAUACGACGCUGUCUACUUCCAUCCGAGUACCUUCCACUGUGCCCGGCUGGCCGCGGGGGCUGCGCUGCAGCUGGUGGAUGCCGUGCUGACGGGGGCUGUGCACAACGGGCUCGCCCUGGUGAGACCUCCUGGGCAUCACAGCCAGAGAGCCGCUGCCAAUGGAUUCUGCGUGUUCAACAAUGUGGCCAUAGCAGCCAAACACGCCAAGCAGAGACACGGGCUGCACAGGAUCCUCAUUGUCGACUGGGAUGUCCACCAUGGUCAGGGCAUCCAGUAUAUCUUUGAGGAUGACCCCAGUGUCCUCUACUUUUCCUGGCACCGCUAUGAGCAUGGGCACUUUUGGCCCUACCUUCGAGAAUCGGAUGCAGAUGCUGUUGGGCAGGGGCAGGGCCGUGGCUUCACUGUCAACCUGCCCUGGAAUCAGGUUGGGAUGGGAAAUGCUGACUACGUGGCCGCCUUCCUCCAUGUGCUGCUCCCCGUGGCCUUUGAGUUUGACCCUGAGCUGGUGCUCAUCUCAGCAGGAUUUGACUCUGCGAUCGGGGAUCCUGAGGGGCAGAUGCGGGCCACGCCGGAGUGCUUCUCCCACCUCACACAGCUGCUGCAGGUGCUGGCCGGCGGCCGAGUCUGUGCUGUGCUGGAGGGAGGCUACCACCUGGAGUCGCUGUCCCAGUCCGUGUGCAUGGUGGUGAAGGCGCUGCUGGGUGACCCUGCCUUGCCCCUGUCAGGGCCCAUGGAGCCUCAUCACAGUGCCCUGGAAUCCAUCCAGAGUGUCCGGGCUGCCCAGAACCCUCAUUGGAAGAGCCUCCGGCAGCAAGGGUCGACCCCCAUACUGAAUCCCAGCACCUACUCCCUGGAGCAGAGAGCCUCACCUGUAUCGCCCGGGGGACCCAAAUUCAAGGCAGCAGAGGCACAGGCCUCGGCCGCACUGAGUUCCCUCCUAGACCAGCUGCACCUCAACCCCACACUGCCUGUCCGCACGGCUGUUGCCCUGACUGCACUGGAUGCCGCUCUGGUUCUACCCGCCGACGUCCUCCGUCAGGAGGGGUCAGCCCCACAGGAGGAGACACGGGCCUGGGCCAGGCUACACGAGGCCCUGGCCCAGGACAAGGCUCUCACUGCACUUGGGAAGGUCCUGCACCUCUUGAAUGGGAUCCUGGAUGGGCAGGUGAGCAGUGGCAUUGCAGCAACCCCGGAGCCCGCUGCGGCUCCCACCCUGGAUGUGGUCAUUCGGCGCAGCUUGUCCCACGGAGCGCGGAGGCUUCUCUGUGUGGCUGUGGGACAGCUGGAUCGGCCCGCAGACCUUGCUGACGAUGGGAGGAAUCUGUGGCUGAACAUCAGAGGCAAGGAAGCGGCCGCCCCAUCCAUGUUCCAGGUCUCCGUGCCACUGCCAGGGACUACUGGUGGGUUCGUGAACUGCGUUCUGGCCCUUGUGCUGCCCCUGGCCUAUGGCUUCCAGCCUGACCUCGUGUUGGUGGCGCUGGGGCCAGCCCACGGCCUGCAGGCCCCCCAAGCCGCUCUCCUGGCUUCUCUGCUGCGGGGGCCGGCGGGGGGCCGAGUCUUGGUCCUGCUGGAGCAGGGAUCCACAUCCCAGCUUGCAGGGAUCCUGGCCCGGGUGUUACAGGGAGAGGCGCCCCCCGGCCUGGGUCCCUUCUCCAUGGCCUCCCCAGAGGACACACAGGCCCUGAUAUACCUGAGAGGGCAGCUGGAAGCAGAGUGGAAGAUGCUGCAGGUGGCCGAGCGGCUGCACCAGUUUGCAUUCCCACCAGCAACACAAAAGAGAUCCUCUCUCUCCGCAUCCUCGCCGACAUCUGUUGUUUCCUGAGCUGUUAAUGUUAGCCAUUCUGAGGUGUCAGGUGGUAUCUCACUGUGGUUUUGAUUUGUAUUUCCGUGACGAUGAGUGAUGUUGAGCAUCUGUUCAUGUGUCUGUUAGCCAUCUGGAUGUCUUCUUUGGAAAAGUCUACUCAUGUCUUUUGCCCUUUUCUUCACUGGAUUAUUUGUUGUUUGGGUGUUGAGUUUGAUAAGUUCUUUACAGAUUUUGGAUACUAACCCUUAAUCUGAUAUGUCAUUUGCACACAUCUUCUCCCAUUCCAACGGUUGCCUUUUAGUUUUGCUGAUUGUUUCCUUCUCUGUGCAGAAGCUUUGUAUCUUGAUGAGGUCCCAAUAGUUCAUUUUUGCUUUUGUUUCCCUUGCCUGUGGAGACAUGUUGAGUAAGAAGUUGCUGUGGGUGAGGUCCAAGAGGUUGUUGCCUGCUUUCUCCUCUAGGAUUUUGAUGGCUUCCUGUCUCACACUUAGGUCUUUCAUCCAUUUUGAGUUUAUUUUUGUGUAGGGUGUAAGAAAGUGGUCCAGGUUCAUUCUUCUGCAUGUCACUGUCCAGUUUUCCCAGCACCAUUUGCUGAAGAGACUGUCUUUAUUCCAUUGGAUAUUCUUUCCUGCUUUGUCAAAGACGAGCUGGCCCUAUGUUUGUGGGACCAGUUCUGGGUUCUCUAUUCUGUUUCGUUGAUCUAAGUGUCUGCUUUUGUACCAGUACCAUACUGUCUUGAUGAUUACAGUUUUGUAACACAGCUUGAAGUCCAGAAUUGUGAUGCCUCCAGCUUUGGUUUUCUUUUUCAAGAUUGCUUUGGCUGUUCGGGGUCUUUUGUGGUUCCAUACAAAUUUUAGAAUUGUUUGUUCUAGCUCUGUGAGGAAUGCUGGUGUCAUUUUGAUAGGAAUUACAAUAUUUAUUUUUGAGAGACCGAGACAGAGCAUGAGUGGGGAGGGGCAGAGAGAGAAGGAGACACAGAAUCCUAUGCAGGCUCCAGGCUCCGAGCUGUCGGCACAGAGCCCGACGCAGGGAUCGAACUCAUGAACCGUGAGAUCAUGACCUGAGCCUAAGUCAGACGCUGAGCCGAUUGGGCCACCCAGGCACCCCAGCAUGGUUACUUUUAUCAGAAGCCAUGAGGCCUGUACAGUGUUGAAGUAGAUCUCCUUAACUGUAAGUCAGAGGAGGCAGGAGCCAAGUGCAUUCACUGUACGUCCUGGAUAUCUCAAAGGGUGGGACUCCAGGAGUUCCAGAGGGGUGGAUCUGAGGUUUAGAAGGACCAAUUGCAAUGCUGUCAGCCAAGGUAUUUGGAAGGUCUACAGAUGUGCCAGUUGAGGCCUAAUGGUGCUGUACUCCGUGUGACUAAUGCCAGGAUUGCGGAUGCAACGUGCAACGAAAACGUAAGGCCUGCUGAGCAGCAUGGAUGUCCUAAAGCCUCUGUACAAGGAGACCCCAGUGACUACGAAGUUCAAGAGGGGUUCCCCGGGGUCGGGAUAAUAUUUGCUAACAGAACUUUAGCCACAGAAGAAGCACUGGCUUGUCUAGAAGAGAAAGGUUUGGCCCAGUGAGAAAACCUACAAACCAUGGCUGAACCGUUUGUAUCCAGGAGACAGGGAAGCUGUAUGAGAUCCAUUUGUGUGAACAGGUUUUCCUGGAUGAUACUUUGGACAGGUGGAACGAGCGAGGCAGGAACUUUGUGUGGCCUUGUUAUUUCUCCCCCAAUCCACCGAUAUUGGUUCACAAACACUAUCUUGUUUUUUUAAGUUA